AUGAUGUUUUCAUUCACUAGUGCUACCCAGGACAGAUAUUUCAAAACCAAACUACUACAGCUUGAAUGUCACUUCACCUGGGCCCUGAGAAAAGAUGAUGCUGAUCUUACAGAUGUCUUAAAUAGACUGGAAGAACAGAUAGAAUUGGAUCUGGGGAAGAAGGCAGGUGUUGCACGCUCCUACAACCUUAUUGCCUUUGUGAAGUAUCUGCUUGGGUCCUCUCAGGAAGCACUCACCUACUUGCAGAAGUCUGUGGAGCUAACAAAAGAUUAUCGUGGGGAGGACAGUGAGAGGCAUCUUAUUGUCACCUAUGGAGACCUUGCCUGGUUACAUUAUCAUACAGGAGAUUACACACAGUGUGAAAGUUAUCUUGGGAAACUGAAAGACAUCCGAGAAAAAUUUCCAACCAAGUCCACUUCUGUCCAUUACCCUGAGGUCUUAGGAGAGAAAGGCUGGACUUUUCUCAAGUUCUCCCAAAAGCACUAUGACAAAGCCAAGGAGUGCUUUAAAAAGGCCCUGGAACAAGAACCAGAUGAAAGUGAGUGGAACGCUGGCUAUGCCAUAGCUCUGUACCGCACAGAGACAGAGAAUUCAAGCCCAGAGGAAUCGGCCACUAUUCAACAACUAAGACGUGCCAUUGAGACAAACCAAGAUGAUGCUGUACUCAAGGUCUUUUUAGCUCUGAGACUGAGUGUGUACAAAAAGUUUAAGGAAGCUGAUGACUUGGUGGAAAAGGCUUUAGAGAUGUCUCCUGACAGCCCACAUGUUAUUCGAUAUGUUGGGAAAUACUUCCGGAAUCAGGGGUCUCUGGACAGGUCCAUCGCCCUGCUAAAGAGAGCACUGGACCGUACCCCAAACUCAGCCUUUAUACAUCAUCAGUUAGCUCUCUGCUACAAGAAGAAGAAAAACAACUUAUACUAUACAGGAAGCCACCACAGCAAAGGAGCUGAGAUACGGCGUGUCCGUGAUCAGUGCAUCUACCAUUUGGAAAUGGUAGUCACACUAAAGUCAUCCUUUGUGACUGCCAUGAGUGAUCUUGCUCUCAUUUAUGGAGAAAACAAAGAAAUACAGAAGGCUGAGAACUUGUUUCAAAAUGUGUUCAAGAUGAUAAAAGAGAAAAAUGAGCCUUUGCAAACUUUACAAAUUGUUCGCUUUCACUAUGCAGAGUUUCAGCAGUAUAGCAACAGAUGUGAGCCACUGGCCAUCCAAUAUUACAUGGAAUGUUUAAAGUUGGGAACUGAUACAUAUGAUGGGAAGAGGGGUGCAAAUAACCUGAGGAAGAUUGCAGAGAGACGCAUCUCCAGAAACCCAAAGGAUGGAGAAGCCUUUGGGAUACUUGGGUUCAUCCAUAAGGAAAAGGGAGAAAAAUGCCAGGCUAUAGAGUGCUAUGAGAAAGCUCUCACCUUUACAGACAGUGAUGAGUUCCUAAGUAAUCUCUGUGAGCUACGUCUGUCUUUGCAAUAA